UUGAAUGGUGAAGAGUUUAAAUUAAAUUCACUUAAAGAAAAGGAGAAACAGCCAGAAUAUCCACCAAUUGAGGCACCGCCGAUUAAUUCAGCACCAGCGCCAGCGUCAGUAACUGCAGUCGCACCAUAUGACCCUGGCGGUUAUGGAAGACCUUUUGACCCUAAAACAGGAGGUUCGAAUUGGUUCCAUUACGGUCGAAGAUAUAUUUUAGCUAAAAUCGCAAAAGCAAAGAAACCGUUAAAAACUAAAAAGAAACCAAGAGUUUUAAAGUAA